GUCACCGCACAUGCGCACUGACAUGGUUGAAGCCGUCCCAACAUGGCGCUGACAAAGACCGUGUACAACCUCCUCUUCAGGAGGACGUCCACUUUCGCCGUGACCAUCAUGGUCGGAGCCGUCUUGUUUGAGCGGGUAUUCGACCAAGGCGGCGACGCUCUUUUUGAGCAAAUGAACCGCGGGAAACUAUGGAAACACAUCAAGCACAACUACGAGAAGGAGGAAGAGUGAUGAAGGGACGCGGGUCGGGGUGUUGGGAGUCCAGGGUGGAUGAAGAGUAAACAACAACAACAACCAUGGACUGAAGAGUAAACAACGACAUCAACAACCAUGGACUAAAUGUGCUUCAAGUGUGCCCAACAUCUUGACCAGACCACCGGAAAAUGGAGCAAAGGACCCCCUCUCACCACCGUCCCUUUCCCUCUCGAUCGUUAAUGCCUUUAUUGUCAUCGUCCCAUGUUGUACAUGGUUAAAUUAAACGUGUUCCUGCUUGUUGUGUUUGCUGCCAGUGAUAUUUACCCCAAUAAAAGCAAAAACAAGCACUUUACAAA